AUGGCCGAAGCCGACAUUGACUUGGGACAGUUGUCCUCUAGUCAGCAAGAGGCCCUCAACCAAUACACCCAGGUCACAAAUCAGGAAGUUAGUGAUGCUAUUCCGCUUCUUCGGCGGUCUGAAUGGAAUGUUCAGAUCGCCAUUGCCAAGUUCUUUGACGGCGAAGCUCCCGACCCCAUAGCUGCAGCGCAACAAGAGAUUCCUCGGGCGACGGCGAGACAUGAAAACCUUCAGGAGAGUUUGUUAGCAUCGUCUGCCCGAUCCCCCCGAGCAUCGCCAAGGCAGCGCACCGACCCAGCUCCGAGAAUCGUCCCCCAGAACCCCGUCACCGGGCGAUCGCCCUGGAUCAUAGGACUUGUUCUUGCACCAUUUGGCUGGGGAUGGAGGGCGGCUUCGACUCUGUUCCGCACUUUGAUAUAUGUCUUGUCUUUCUUGCCCGCAUCGAUCCGACCUCGGGCGGUGACGAGUAGGAUAUCGACAGGUUUCCGGGGUACCAACGGACGCCGACCACUUAUGCCGCGAGAUACAGCUGCGAGAUUUAAACGGGAGUUUGAGGAAGAAUAUGGAGAGAACGAGCUACCCUUCUUUGAAGGCGGCGUUGCCCAGGCGCAUGAUCUGGCCAAGAAAGAGCUUAAGUUUAUGCUCGUUGUGUUAAUGUCCCCCGAGCACGACGAUACCGAAUCUUUCGUCAAGGACACCCUGCUCUUCCCAGACGUGGUCGAUUUUAUCAAGGAUCCCGCAAAUAACAUUAUCCUAUGGGGAGGAAACGUUUUGGAUUCAGAAGCAUAUCAAGUCGCCCAAGAGUAUGUGUGCACCAAGUUCCCGUUCUCGGCACUGGUAUGCCUCACUCCCAAGGAGGGUAGCACCCGCAUGGGAAUAGCGAAGCGACUUGUCGGACCUAUGCCGCCGGCGACCUACCUCUCAGAGUUGCGAGCCGCUAUCGAGAAGUACGGCGCCGACCUGGAAGGGGUAAGGGCAGAGCGAGUCGCACAAGAGGUGACGAGGAAUCUGCGAACUGAGCAGGAUUCUGCAUAUGAGCGAUCUUUGGCUAUUGACCGAGAACGCGCACGUCAGAAGAGGGAGGCAGCUGCAGCUGCGGUGGCAGCGGAGAAGCGGGCUCAAGAGGAAGCAGAGGCAGCAGCAAGACUCGAGGAGAAGCGACAACAAUGGCGAGCAUGGAGGGCCACAACUAUCGUGGCCGAGCCUCCUGCCAGCGAUAAGAGCGUUGUGCGGGUUGCACUCAAGAUGCCCGAGGAGUCAGGUAUUGGCCGAAUCGUCAGACGCUUCCCCCAAGACGCUUCUAUGGAAGACCUAUAUGCCUUUGUGGAGUGCUACGAACUUCUGCAGGAGGAGAAUCCAGAAGGAAGUGACAAGCCGGAGGAGUACGAGCACGAGUACAGGUUCCGAAUCGCAUCGAUUCUCCCGCGGAUGGUGUACGAGCCCACGACCACGGUGACGAUGGGAGAGAAGAUCGGGAGAUCAGGAAACCUCAUCGUGGAGGACAUAUCACCGGACUCGGAUGAGGAGUCGGGGGACGACGACGACGAUGACGAAGAUGAAGAGGCGGAGGGGCAACAGUAG